AUGCAAGAAGACGCGACCGAGCUCGACCCGGUGCUCGACAUGCUCGACAUCUCGGGCUUCGCCUACAGCGCGAACGAGCGCAUGAGGUACGUGGACCCGCUCCUCCGCGUCGAUGGCAUGGACGAGCGGCUCGCCUGGCCGGUGCUCGAGUCCCAGCGGACGGGCCUGCACGCGCUCGUCCCCGACGGCCGCGCGAUCAUCGUCCCCGGCGAGCGCAUCACAUGCAGCAACACGGAGUGGACGACGACGACAACGAACGCGAUCCUCGCCAGCGUCAACAGCAACCUCGGGGUCCGCGGGCCCGUCGCACUGCGCUUGAAGCACAUGGCGAUCGACGUCCACGGCGACGCGGCGAGCGUCGCGUCGGACAGUACAGAUGCGAUCGGCCGCGUGCUCGUGCUGCUUCCAUCUGUGUACAGCGGCGGCGCCUUGACGUUCAAGGUCAAGAACGCCGGGACCCAGUACUGGUCGUCGGACGACGUGACCCACGUCGCCACGCCGUGCUACAUGGCGCUCUUCACGUCGGCCGAGAUCCUUAUCGCGCCGAUCGUCGCGGGCGCGCGGUCCAUGCUCGUCUACGACCUCGUUUCCGUCGAUGAAGAGGCCAAUGUCGCACUUGCCCCGGCCGCGCUCGACCUCGCCGCGUCCUUUCUCCAAGAGCUUGCACUGCUGCCACCGACGUCAGCGAUCCUCGGCUACGCGCUCGACCACCCACAUGCGCCAUUGAGCCACGAGAUUCUCUCGUACGCCGAGCGCCGUCUCGUCCAUGCCCUUGUGACGGCAGGCUGCUACGACGUCGUGCUCGUCCAGUGCAACGUCACACCGUACUCGAAGACCAUUGUGGACUGUUUCUCGAUUCCUCGUGCCGACGUACCAUCGACCGUCCAGAGCAACCUCAUUGGCAAGCGCAUCGACACGAUCGUAAACACGCGGGCGAUUCUUUUCGAGCCGACCAAGUUCAUUGCGUUUUGGCCCACGCGCACGCGACCUGCUGUCGUGGGUCUCUCAGCGGCCCUCGCGUCGCUUUGCCUCGUCGUGGACGUGCCCUUGAUGGACAACACGGACGACCGCCUCCUCGGCACCUUUAGCCCCAGUGAGCUUGCGUUGGCUGUCUUGCCUUUCUUUGGCGACGAUCAUGCCAGCAACGUGGACAAGGUGCCGCGUUUCCCGCUGCCGGAGGACAAGAGCCACUUUGAGAUCCUCUGCGGUGCCUUGGCGGCGCUUGGCGACGUAGCCGUGACGUCGCACUUUAUUGCCGAGCAUCUCACGUUGACGGACACGAUGACGAUCGAGAACGUGGCGGCGUGGCUGCAUGCGACGCUGACGACCGUUGGGUGGGGACCUCUCUUGCCCGCACUGACGAGCAUGCUCACUCGGUGGUGCUCAAGCUACGAAAUCUCGUUCACCCCUGGCUUUCAGCUCGUCGCAAGCUUGGCCGGCGUCGUGGACGACCCCGUGUGCCCUCCACUGGACAUGGCGUUUGCUGCCGAGCUCAUCAAACCUUGCUGGUCGACCAUCAUGACGCUCCUCGAUGUUCCAUCGUACGACGUUGAUGGCUACGAUGACACGAGCACGAUCCUGGCGCCGGCCAUGCUCCUCGAAGCGUACAUUACGUCGGGCGACGGCGGCGGCUGGUUUACGAGCAAGGUGCCAGCGACCUUGUGUGCCGAAAUUGACGCGUACCGCUUUCCAACCCACUCGAUUCAGCGCUGCGUCGACUAUUGGAUGUCGCGCGAGCCCAUCGAUACGGUUGCCCCAUCUUUGGCAGCCGUCGUCAAGCGCAACCCGCAGCUUUGCAUCAACAAGUACCGUGCGGCGCUGACCAAUGUGCUUGCUACCAUGUCCGACCCUGGGAGUUUUUACUGCGUACGUGGUCUCUCUACUGCGCUAACUCUGGUGACGCCGCCCACGAUCCUGCUCGAACGGCUCUGGCACACGAUUGGCUUGCCGUUGCUCCCGGCGCUUUUUUCGGCGCUUGUCACGGGUGGCAUUUCGAUGGUUCCGAGCCUCUCGAGCUUGUUCAUGUACGCCGCCAACGCCUUUGAGCCGCUGACGCCCAACACGCGCCAUCAGUUGCGCGUAUUUUACGUCGAUCGGUCGCCGCUGCAGGGCUUUGCACCCGAUUGCUGCUCGACCUACCUCGUUCUCGAUGCGCUCGCGUACUUUCGCACCUUUGACGUGGAGAUGCGGUCGGUGUUUGCCGAGGCUUUUAUUGCGGCGACGACUUCGACGCCGGAAGCCACCGCUGUCUUCCGCAAUCUCGACCUCCGCUGUGGCGCGUCUGACAUCAUCCUUGCGAAAGCGGGCCUCGAGCGCAUCCCGAUUGUCGAGCCGCGUGGCGUUAACGACCUCUCGAUGACGGACGCGCUGCCUCACUGCGCAUGCGAGAUGGCCGACUCUAUUCGCACGUUCUUGGCGUCGCCAACGCGCGAGAGCCUGGCUAUUGACACACCGGACCUUUGCGACGAGCUCCGGUCGGUCAUUGCCAAGCACAGGAAGGUGCUCGAGCUCCACUAUAUCUAUCCCCACGACGGACAGCCAUUGACCCACAAACUUCAGAAGCUUGUGGCAGGCGUGGCAGCGCUCCGUACGUCCGAGAUUCACGACGUGGAGAUGCGCGCGCGGCUCGAGGCGUUUGCUCCCAUCGUCUCCGUGAACGGCGUCUCCAUCAACUUUUGA